GCUUAGCGAUAACAACACGAGUGCACUUUGCAGUCGGUCGUCAACACACGAAGAUUUUUACACGAAAGAGCUUCGUGUAUUUUCAAUUCAAUAAGACAGGAUCCAAGUGCAACAAGUGACACAGUUCAACUACUUCUAUUGAAAAUUAAGUCAAAGUGAAAUCAAAAUGCCUGCCGAAAGACGAUUCGAUCUACACCAGACGAGUUCAGGACGGGGCCUGAACUACAAACCUGAAUACUAUUUCCCAGCUUCAGAUUUUAAGACAACUGUCAACAAUCCAUUACCCCCAGAGUUAGCCAAGCAAGAUGAAAUCAUCAAACCCUACACGACAACGACAGGUGAAACCCAUGAUUACAAACAUCACGAUGCUAUCCUAGGUAACCCUGAACAUCAUAAAGCACCGGGCCAUUGGAACGCUCACUACAACAAAGAUCUAAAAGAAAAGCUUCAGAACCGUCCAUGGAGGAAGCCUUUAAGCAUGGGUAGCCAGGAGACCGAGGUACAAGCUAAUUAUAAGGGAGCACAGACGCAACCUGGCGUUGACUUCUCAACCAUCAUGAAACCACAGACUACCGAUCUGAUCGAUCACCAUAAAAACAUGCCAGCACCUCUAAAGGACAACUUGCCCAAGUACAAGCCUUCUUUAGUCCGUGAUGACGGAGCUCUCCAGCUUCUUGAUCCUUACGUCCCAACAUCACAUCAAGUCCAUAAGAGAUUCAGUCGUCAUGAGCUAGGAGGUUAUCCCAAGAAAGAUGCUGCCACUUACUGGAGGUGUGAGGACUAUCCGCAUGCCUGGGGCCAUGGUACAAAACAUAACCCUCUGCCAAUGAACUCUGUACCAAGGGAGCGUCCACCAAUGAGAGACGAGAUGGUAUUCAAAACACCCGUCGUAGAACCCGUCCGCUGGCCAGAGAGAUUUCCUCGCGUUCCUCACAACGGUAUCAAAUCUACCAUGACGACUUCCUACGGCCCACCGUCCGACCCUAAGAAUCGUGAGCUGUUUUCCUGCCCUGUCGAUACACCUUGGGUCAUUCCAAAGUCUGGUCCUCAACAGACUUUCUCCGUUCCUUCUAUGUACAGUACAGAGUACCAAACUUAUGCAAGUGGCAAACCAAUUACAACAUAAAGUUUUUUAUAUUAUAUUAUUGUAAAUACAAAUUAUGUAUAAAUUGUUUAUGAUGAUGUUCCUUCUGGAAAGCUGUCGGCUAGUUGAUGUCAAUGCAUAAGGUCUACUAGUACAAGUACCUUGACAAUUCAUACAGUGCCUUACUUAUAUGAAUUUGAAAUUCAUAUUUUUGGGGUCGGUUUGAAGUAUGACCUAAAUUGCCUUUUUAAAGAACUGUUAAACUUGCCUUAUUGCCUUAAAUAAUUGUUCAAGGAUCAAAAGUGUUUUCCUUAGGAGAGCAACUUCCACCAGUUUACAAAAAUAAUGUUAGUUAUCAACCUUGAUUUUGCGAAAGCGUGCAUACCGUGUGUAUCUGGUCAAAAGCAAGAUACGCAGUUGAAUUUUACACCUAUUGACCAAAUAAUAUAAACCUAUUAUUAAAUUUUAAAAUAUUUAACUUUAAUUUGUAAGUUGUUUUACUUCCAUUAUUAAUGAUUAUUUGAACGUUUUGCAUUUUGAUGAUUAUACUUGGUGCUCUGAGAACAUUGUAUGCUUUAAAGUUGUCAAAAAUGGUUUAAUUGACUGUUUAUAAAA